AUGUUCCCAUAUCCCAUAUCUCAUCCUGCACUGGUCGCGUUGCCCAACAGUCUUACCACCGCGUGGAUGCCUCCUACGUUCGACGGCGUUACACUGUUCGACUUGUUCAAUCAAGACACGCCACAAACCCGCAUCAUGCAAGAGAUGUAUGGUCCUAGCACAAAGAGCGAUGAACUGUACGAAUCGUCCUCAGCAUAUGUAAUACAGCCGAAAUGGGGAAAUCCUUUUCCGACACUCAGCGGCAUCCUGGGUACCGACACGGUUUGCUUAGCUAUUGCUGGCCGGCAGGAUGAGGUCAAUGCUGUUCGGCACUCUGAAUAUGCAUUCAUCUCUUCGCGUUGGGAUGAUCUUACUUUGCAGCGACCUGGGCGUAUACUGACACGCUAUGGAGCAGAAAUGGUGGCCACAAAGAACAUAUGCCCAAGACACACCUCGGAAAUUUCGAGCCGCGCGGCACAUUUCUGUCCCACCUCCAUAUCGACCCUGGAGAAUGAUGUCGGAGAGCUCGGAGGUCCAGCUGCAGCCUCAAUCCCAAUAAAUCCUUCCGAUAUAGGAAAACGUAAGGUCAGCCAUAUCGUAUCCCAUCGUCUGGCGGCAACCUGUACCGGAGAACGAUUAGGCCGACCCGCCGGAUUAGUAAGGCCCUCCCAUAGUAAUUUGGCAGCCCUCCUUACCUGUUGCACUCUUCUUCUCCAUACCUCGCUGUCGCCCACCAAUUUUUUUGAAGCUAUCCACAACUCCGCCCGCCCCGCCUACUACUCCGCCCCGCCCACUAUGACCUCUCAAGAACGCGUCGUUCGCCAGCCCCCGCAAUACGGGGGCUUCGAGGAUACUCAGGAGGAGCUGGAUUGGUACGGUAGCAACCCUGAAGGCAUUGAUCGGGAUCGUCCUCUGCCAGAGGUUCUCUCGGAAGACGAUAUGGCCCUGCUGCAGGAGAAGGAUGAGAGUGACCCCAGUGAUGCUGAGUGGAGUCGCGGCACGUACUCUGACGCGUCUAGAUCGCCGUCGCCACCAUUCAACACCCUCCCUAUCUUCUACCACCCCCCUAUCAAGCGGAAGGCCUCUGUCAGCCUUGAUAAGCAGAAAGAGCCGCGAAAGGGGACCAAACGCAGCAAACUCGCGCCUAUGAUACCCUCGGAGGUCGCGUCAAGAUAUCUACGAUGA